CAGUCCCUCCACCCGGAAGUAGGCGGAUCCGGAAGUCCGUUCCCUCAGGCGGAAGUGAAGGCCGGGGCCCGUCUGCUGGACUGAAGACGUAUUGGAGCGGGUUAGAAAGGGAAAUUCCGCACCAGCUCCAUUUUUCUGAGACGUUUCUCGAGGUUUAAGAGAUCUGUGAGUGCUAUCCCUCUGUCCAGCCGUCCUGUAGCCGGUCUCGAUCCUGGUGUCCUCCACUCCCUCUCUCAUCCUCUGCUUCCUUUCUGAGCUCCAGUCCUCGACUUUAGCCCAGCCUGCUCUCCUCUAGUGCUGGCAUGGCGGGGCGAGGAGGAGGGACGCGGACCAACGGCACUACAGCCGCUGCCGCCAACAAGAUCUGUCAGUUCAAGCUGGUGCUGCUGGGAGAGUCCGCGGUGGGCAAGUCCAGCCUGGUGCUGCGCUUCGUCAAGGGCCAAUUCCACGAGUACCAGGAGAGCACCAUUGGAGCCGCAUUCCUUACACAGACCGUCUGCUUGGAUGAUACAACAGUAAAGUUUGAGAUUUGGGACACAGCCGGACAAGAGAGAUACCACAGUCUGGCCCCAAUGUACUACAGAGGAGCGCAGGCUGCCAUCGUGGUCUACGACAUCACAAACACAGACACUUUCACCCGAGCAAAGAACUGGGUAAAGGAGCUCCAGAGACAGGCCAGCCCCAACAUAGUCAUCGCUCUGGCUGGGAACAAAGCCGACCUCGCUAACAAGAGAGCUGUGGAUUUCCAGGAAGCGCAGGCAUACGCAGACGACAACAGCCUGCUGUUCAUGGAGACAUCCGCAAAGACCGCCAUGAAUGUCAACGAGAUCUUCAUGGCCAUCGCUAAGAAGCUUCCGAAGAAUGAGCUGCAGGGUGGGACAGGGCCUGGGGGCCGGCCUCGUGUCGGAGUCGACCUGCAGGAGGCGGCACCUCCGGGCAGAUCGGGCCAGUGCUGCGGAGGAGGAAACUAACCAUCCGUCCAGUCAUGUGGAGAACGUGGCCGAGGAUCAACACAGACACAUUAUCAACCAACUCGUAGUCUGGCAGUUAUGUCUAUUCACAGCCCAAGUGGGGGAAAAAAAAUCUAAUCAGUUAGACUGUGAUGUCCAUCAGAUUCUGCUUCUGAACUGACCAAAGGGGCCGUUCACAGCCACUUGUAAAUAUUUUGACCAAUUAUUCCUCCUACUCUUAAGCAGAGCCACUAAAUCCCCCUUAACAGCUGUGUUUAAGAUUCAGCCACCUGUCAAAACCUUCUGUUAAAAUUAAAGCAUCAAAAGAAAAAAAAAAAGAAAAAAAGAUUCAGGGAUUAAGGAGGGAAAAUCCGAUCAAUUCUGUCGCACUUAACCGGAGCUGCGAGGUUCUUGUUCUAGUCUGUAUUCACAAGAAGAUCAACACUGCAGCAGGAGGGAAAACAGGCUUCCUUCUACUUUAUAUCUUCAACCUCUCUUUCUAUCUCCCCUUAUUGCAAUCUGAACUUCUCUCGGGUCUCCGGGCACAGCACCUAGCAAGUAUUGACUUCUCCUCUCCUUCCCGAUCUUCUAAUUUCCAGUGAGAGGAGACAGACAGAUGGGAGCGAGAAGCUGUUUUCCCUUCAUGCGCAGCAUUUCUGUAGAUUCUGUAUUAUUCUUGGUUAUUGCUAUUAUUAUAAUUAUUGUGAUUAUGAAUACCACUACUCCCAGACUAAUAAAUAUAAACAAAUAGAUUAGUAUUUCCCCCCACCCCACCCCUUUAAAUCAUUACUGUCCAAGAUAAAUAAAAACUUAAACUGGAAAUGCUUAACGCAUUAACAGCUGUAACGCCAGUGUCUUUAAGCAUUAAUGAAAUGAGUUAUCAAAUCAAUCCACCGAGCUGGUGUUAAACACGAAUAACGUAACGCAACGUUCGCUUCCUCUGACCAAAAUCACAAUGUACGUGUAUUGAAAAAAAAUUAACUAUGUUGCUGUAUUUGUACUUUGUAUUUUCUUUCUUUUUCUUUUCCUGCAAAAGUAUAUCCAAUCAUUAUCCAUUACCAAUACAAUACCUUCCCGAAACAGAUCAAUCAUCCAUCUUUUUUUUCUUUUUCUUUUUGGUGUAAUUUUUGUAACUAAGAUUUUCUCUGAGUGCACUGGCUGUCUGUCACAUGAUUCUUUCUUUGUUUUUGUUUUUUGUUUGUUUUUUUUCUCUAUCAUUCUUGGAGUAAACUGCAAUUUUUCAUCUAGUCAUUCAGCACAAAAGAUCAGGCCUCGCUCUUUAAAGGGUUGGGCAAAUGUUUUGUUGUCUUCCGUAGAUAUGGGAAACACAAACAACAAUCUUCUACAUGUAAUUUUACCAAUAAAAAUGAGGAAGGUACUGUUCA